UAUAAGGUCUUGCUUCGGAGAAAAAGGUAGAAGUAUAAGCAUGUCCUUGUUUUCAUAUUCAUAAUGAUUAACUUAUACUCGCGAGGAUCCUUCAAGACGAGGUAAAAGCGACAUGUCCUGACUUGUUCCAGCUUGUAGUUGAUGUGGGAGUUCGUUCACUCAGCAUCACUGACAGGUGUACUCCAGAGCUUACACAGACCGUUCCGUAUUUUAACUGGAUACAGUUUUUAUCAAAUUAAUAAGCAUGUCAUUCUCAAGUGAUGAGGAAACUAUAGAAAAUAAUAGCAAC